UCUGACUCUGUUUGUACUAGGUCCUUGGCAGAAGCUGUCCAAGACACAUCUGUUGGUGCCACUUUCAAAGGAGAACUCCAGAGGUCAUGCUCACGGACUGUGGCGGAGAAAGUUAGUGAACAGUGCCAGCUGGCAUGCCACUGUAGAAGAUACCCUCCCCUUCCCCCUCCGCCGCCUCCACCGCCUCCCCCACGGCUACUGGGCACCACAGUGGCAGAGCCCAUGGUGCCUUUGUUGAGGCCAUGGUGGAUGGAGAUGGACCUUAUAGUGCUUGGAACAGUGGGCUGUGCCUCAGUCGUCUUCCUCCUCUCAGCCAUCAUCAUCUGCUACAAGGCCAUCAAGAGGAAACCACUACGAAAAGAGGAGAACGGGACAAGUCGUGGGGAAUACGCCAUGAGCAUCCGUAACAAGAAGGCCAUGGGUACGAACAACACUGUGGUAUAGACUGUCUCCUGCUAGGCGCAGGAAGUGACAUCACCAUAACCGUCUGUCACCUUACCUCCCCCCCGAAUACAACGAUCCCUUCUCACCCAGAAUGCAACAGGUUUUACCCAAGGUUUUCAAAUAGGUAAACCUUCCCUCUUUGCUUGGCAUGUUGCCCGGACUGAAGACACCAUUCAGCUCAAGAGGAGCUGCAAAAGAUGGAAGGGAGAGGAAAAAAAAAGUCAAACCAGAAAGGACGGAGAGAGAAAUCCACAAACCCCCAUGGUGUCGAAAGUGGCACAGCAGGCUGAACAUUAUGCUCUUAGUAACAGCAAGUGUUGCUGACAGGCUGGUUGGCUGCUGGCUGGAGAGGGACUGUCUGCCAGUCUGCUGCAGAUCCAGACUUCACACACUGUUGACAUCUGCAAUGGAACAACAGACAAUACAGCAUCCCUGCAGUCCCACGGGCGGCCAAACAGGACAAGCCCAUCACACACAAUAAAUAACUUGCAUGCAGUUUUUACAGAGAAUGCAACAUUUUUUUUAUAGUCCGAUCCCGACACUGUCCAUCUUUGGUUCUCCAUUUUUUUUUGAGACAGAUGCUUUGUGAGAGGCAUGAUGUUCCUGUCGGCCCUGGCUCUGAGAUGUGGAUUCAUCUGACUAUGCAAUUUAAAGAAAUCCAUAUAUUAAAAAAAAACAGGAGCAACAACAUCAACAUGGGACAUUCUGGUUAUUUUACCAUGCCAAAAAUGCCACUGAAGACUUAGGCUCAAUGUAAUAUACUCCAGUCAUUCAUCAAUUUAUUUGCUCCAUUUAUUUACUUAUCUACUUUUGAAUUUAUUUUUCUACUUAAAAGAAAAAAAAACUGUCUUGUAAGUUACUCACAUCUUUCUCAAACAUCUUAAUGAAUUCAUUUUAUUUCUUGAUAGCUCUGUUUUUUAAAGUGAAUAAUUUAUAAACCAUAUAAUUCAUUUGUGAUGCUCCGAUGCUUUAAGCCUGCUGUCAGUUUGUUGAGACACUGAUGCAGAAAACGCGCUUGCUCUGCAAAGAGUUUUGGUAUCAGUUGUUUUGUCUCUGGGUGUUUGAUAUGCUUUUCUCUGUUUCCCCGAGAACCUCAGCUAAAAAAAAGUCAGGGGUCUCUAUGAUGUGCUAUGUGAAUGUGUGUUUUCCAAACAUUAUUUCUGUGCUGCAUCAUAUGCCAGUCCCCAUUUUUGAUUUGUUAUCUCAAUGCAAGCCCCCCCACUACAAGUUAAACCUGCUAUCACAAGUCGUUUGGUUAAAUCUUGUUGUUUCAGUCUUGGGGUCAGCUAGAUGCCUUCAGCCAUGUUUUGUUUGGAUUUGACAAUCUUCAUUUUUCUGUCUGUCAAGAAGGGCUUAGCCCAUCGCUAUAGAAACAGGGGACAUGAGCCCAGGGCUGACCUUGUGACUGGUGAGAGACAGGAGACUUAGCCAAUAGCCAGAGAUCAGGUUGCACAGAGGAUGGCCUCAGCAGGGAUGUGUGUGUGUGUGUGUGUGUGUGUGUGUGUGUGUGUGUGUGUGUGACUCAGUGCUGUCACAGGCAUCCUCCACAUCCCCCCUGGAAAAACACAACUGAGCUGAACUGGAGCAUCACUCAACGCUGCUCUGCUUUUAUACAUUAAAUCUGCGUGUGUCUGUGUGUGUGCAUGCGUCAGUGUGUGUGUGAGAGUGAGUGUGUGUGUCUGUCUGUCUGUCUGUGAGUGUGCAUGCAGAUGAGUGUACUCAGUGAGAGUGGGCUGUACUCUGUGGCUGUCAGUUAAGUAUAGAUAUUGGCUAAACAAAAAAUUUGGAAAAACACAUGCUUGCAUCUAAACAUGCACAGAUAUUAACUAACAGUAUACCCCACCAUGUACCUAUAUGAGAGAAAUGAUGGAUGCAUGAAUGUAAAUAUUGAUAUUUAAAUAUCUGCCUUCUGGACUGUUAAUUAAUGUACAGUGUAACAGAACAUAUGUUUAUACAUAGUAAAACUUAAACAAUGUGCUACCAUUUAGAAUUAUGUCAAUGUUGUCAUGUUGAUGGAGCAAGCCAUUAAUGUAUAUAUGGCAAUCAAUAGUACACACACAAUUUAUGCAUUAUACCAAACAGAUAGAAAGAUGUGCAUAAGUUGAUUUCAUUGCUGAGUUUUUCAGUUGUAAAUAAAACUGUACAUAACAACAGA